UUCAAAUGCUUGUCUUAGGUUGAGAAUUGAUUGCCCAAAAAGAUUGAAAGACUUAUUAGAUGUGAAGCUUCUUGAUAUUAGAAGCUUUUGAUGAAGCGAGUGGAAACAACAUUGUGCAAUCGGGACUUCAAAGGCCCUGUGACGUGUCAGGAUCUUAGGGCCCAAUCUUUUCCCAGAGAUUCUCAGCCGUAGAUCACUCUUCGUCCUGUGAUCUUUUAUAGGGUUUGGCAAGAGGGCCCCUUUCCUCUUUCUCCUUGUAUGCAACCCAAACUACAAGUGGGGCUCCCUUUUCCCUAAGGUUUGUUAUCCUCUCUCUAUUUCAUUUUUACUGUUCAAUUUAUUUUUCGUAUCUCAAAUGCUCCUUCUUCACUGUAGAAUACUAUCAGUCAACCAUUACAACUAACAACGACGACUUUUCUAAUUUUCCGUCAGUCACAAACACACCCUUUAUUGCCCUUCGUAUUUUACGCCUUCUAUCGGUUUAAUUUUUAGUCUUUUUAAUCCUUCCUAACCAAUUUUUCUUUAAUUUCAGCUAUCUUUUGUUAUUCUUGAUUUUUUCCUGCAAAAAUGGCUAGUACUGAAAACAACCAAAACAUUGAACCAGAAGAUAACGAGGUUAACGACUCCAGAACAGUAUCCGCUGAUCCAUUACUUGGUGAUUCUCAAGAAUACACCAUUACAGCAGUAGGUCCGUCAACAGAUAUGGUGCCGUUAUUAAAGGAAGAGCCCGAAGAAAACAACACGUCAACAGCUGGGCUAAAUAUGCAAAUACAGACAAUAGAAAAACAGCAGGUAAAAAGAUCCUCAAAAGACAGGCAUACUAAAGUUGAAGGACGUGGUCGGAGAAUCCGUAUGCCAGCUGCUUGUGCUGCUAGAAUCUUCCAAUUAACACGUGAACUCGGGCAUAAGUCUGAUGGGGAGACAAUAAGGUGGCUGUUGGAACGGGCAGAGCCAGCAAUCAUUGAAGCAACUGGAACAGGUACGGUUCCAGCUAUUGCUGUAUCUGUUAACGGAACUUUAAAGAUACCAACAACUUCGUCAGGGAAUAAUGAGGGAGAAAGUUCGACGACGACUAAGAGGAGGAAAAGGGCUGGAAAUAGUGAGUUUUAUGACGUGCAUGAAGGGCCGUCUAGUUUUGCACCUGUAACACCAAUUGUCACACAACAAGCUGUUGUUCCUGUUUGGCCAAUGGCCCAUACUGCAAUUACCGGUGGGAUUCCUUUCUAUACAACUAUUGCUGCUGGUGGGCCUCAGUUGUGGGCUACACCGAUAUUGCCCGUUUCAAGUUUUGUAUCUGCAAUGCAACCUGGUAUUGGUUAUACUAGUGAGGUUCAAGUGAACUCUUCAUCUGCGUCAAAGAGUGACGGUAAUGUUGUUUCAGCUAUGGCUCCAAGUUCUAGUUCUACUAGUGUGACAACUAAUACAACAACAAUCACAAGUACUAAUACUACACAGAUGCUUAGGGAUUUUUCAUUGGAGAUUUAUGACAAAAGGGAGCUUCAGUUUAUGGUUGGUUCUGCUUCCAGUGAGAAUGAUCAAACUUCUUCCUCCAAAUCAUAGGGUUCUAGGCCCAUAAAGGCUCCACUUAUUUUUUUAUAUUUCAUGUCUCUUAUUAUCUACCCUAGUUGUAGUUUCAAAAGAAACUUUUUUAUGUUUUAAUUAGUUUUUGGCUAAUUCACAGCUUUGUCUUGGCUUUAACAUUUUGCUUGUAAAUACUCAUUAACUCCUUGAGCUUUUAGCUUGAAAAAGCAAAUGGGAUUAGAAUCCGGUUCCUCCUCUAGGAGGUUGCUUGCUUUGCUGUGA